ACAAAAAAAACUGUUAGUUAGUUUCUUUUCGUUAAGAGAUCAUUCUGACCUUCAGUGUGAUCAGUAUUUAUCUUCGUCUCCUCUCUAUUUUCAUUCUCCUCACAAAAACGUCUUUCCCUGCAGGGAACGCAGGUAAAAUCUUCUCCCCUGCAGAGUGCAGGCAGAAAAACAUUCUUCUUUAUCUGCCGGCCGUUAGUGGAAAUUUUUUUUAUUCACCUGCAAACUGCAACCUGCCUGCACUGCCUGCAGUUUACCAUGCAGGUGAUCAGCUCUGUUCGGAAUCAGCAUGAUCGCUUACCUAUCCCCCACUAGGUUUCGUCUCAAAAGUGAUUGGACAGUUGGUGGAUCUCCCUUGUCAGCUUCUGAUAUGCAGAGCGGAUCACAGGUUAGGUCAUUUUAUUAUGUGAUCAGAUGUUUGUCAUGUAGUUGAAGUAGGUUAUCGAUGUUUUGUUUUCUACAUAUUUAAGAUCAGUUAGACCAGAUUUAUUGUUUUAUUUUUUUCUAUCCUAGAAGAGGGAUCAUCUAUCGAAAAACCACCAGUGUCGUUUAAUUGUUUAUGGGAAUACAAAUCACUUUAUAGUGAGAAAUGGUAUGAAUUUUCUGCUAAUGAAAGUUCACAAUUAAAUCAGGCAUUAUCAACAACCGAUGGAUCCUUCGAGACAACAUUUUAUUUAGCAACACAGCAGCAAAAUAAAUGCGGUAUAUCAAUGAUGAAACUUUUAAAAACCGAUGAUAAUGAUUCGGACGCUGACAGUCUAUCAUGGGUUCGAUGUAAAGGUUCAAGUGUCUACAAUUACAAUAUACUGUCAUUUUGGCAAAUGAUGUUAAUUAAACAUCCAUCAAUGGUUGGAGAAAUCGGCAAACAAAGUUCGGCAUCACUUCAGUUUAUUCAAAUACCAAAUAUAUUUGAUGAUAAAAAUUUUCAAUAUCAAUUACGAACAUGGUAUAAUUGUCAACCGCUAACAAAUGAUCUACUCAAUUGUGCAAUAGAUAAUCGAUUGAGGUAUCUUGUAGAUAAUCAAUUAUUUUUUAAUAAUGAAAAAAUUCACUUUAAUUUACAAACAUUCACAUUUAAAAAUGAUAAUCAAACAAUUGAAGGCUAUUUAAGAUGGUUGCCAAAGUUUGUUGCUAUAGAUCAAAACACAAAACAUAUAAUAUAUAUUGAUAAUAGUUACGAGCAAUUGAAUAAUGUACAAGACGCUGUACCGUUAACAUUAAAAAUUUUACAAAAUUUACAAUCCUUAAGACGCCAAAAUACGUUAAAUGAAGAGGAUACAGAUGAUGGACAAACUACAACAACGACAAACGACACGGAAGAAGUUGUUGUCAAUGGUAUUGAUGUAACAAUUGGUGACAAUCAUGGACAUGGACAUGAAAAUACAACUGAUCUCAACGAUCAACAAGACGAUAAUGAACAAGAAUCAAAGAAAACAAAAGGUGAUACCGACGAUUUGACAUGGAAGGAACCGGAUGUAAACGACAUACCAGUAUCAGUCGAUAAUGCCGAUGUGCUUAACGAUGAAUUGAAAGAUAAGAAAGGCGCAUACGAAAAGGCUAAUGCAAGUAGUGCUUAUAUCGAUAAAAUAAUUAAGGAAAAAGAAAAAAAAUUAAAGAAUAUUGAAAAUAUACAACAGUCACCAAAACAGACGUUAAUGGAAUCAUUACUCUUAUCAGCGUCAUAUGAAAUAAAAGCAGAAUUUAGUAGUUCGCAACAACAAUCAGAACAAGUAAAAAUAGAUGAAUAUAGACGCGAAAUUGAAAAAUUACAAAAACAAAAGGAAGAAUCAGAUAAAAUUAAAAACGACCGAGAUCAAGAAAUGCAACAAUUAAGAGCACGCUUAAGAAUAAUUGAAAUGGCAAAGGAAUAUCAAGAAGAAAUUGAAAAAAAUUUAGAAACAAUUGAACAUAAAUUACCUAAUAAAGAUUAUUUACCAAUCUAUCCUAAUACAAUACAAACAUUGCUACGAACACUUCUCAAUAAGAGUAGUGUUGGUGCGAAAGAUAUUGUUAACUUUAUUACUGUUGGUAAAAAACGUGAUCCACAACAAUCAACACAAGAUAUAUAUAUUGUUGUUGGUUUUCAUCAACAUCAUAAAGAAAUGAAUCUCAUUAAUCAACGUAUAAAUAAAUUGAUAUUAAUAAUAAAAUCAAUACAAGAAUAUUAUGAAUGUUAUUUAAAUAAAAUAAUAUCAAAUUUAUUAAAAAAAAAUUGUUGGCCUAUUAAAUGUCAGUUGAAUGAAAUUACACAAUAUUGGAAACAAUAUUUGAAAAUAUUUGAAAAAAUGUUACAAGAUGAAAAAAUUAAAUAUUGUAAAGAAUUUAGUGAUAUGAUUAAACAAAAAUGUCAAGAUAUAAUCGACUUAUGUAUUGGAAAUAAAUCAAAUUGGUCACAAAUCCCUUACAAUGAAAUGCGAUCUUAUAUUCAAUCAAAAGCAUUUGAAAUUGUUAUUGAAGAAUCAAAACGACAAGCAUUUACACAAUUUAUUGAAGAAAUAAAAGCUAAAUUAGAAAUACAGGCCUCAGCUAAUGCACAGAAAGUGAGAGACAAACAUUUGAAAAAUUUGGAAAAUAAAUUUGAAUAUGAUCUUAUGUAUAAAGGUAUCAAUCGGCAACACUUUAAUUUAAUACCUGAUUUAAUACAUCGUGCUAUCAUCUACUGUCAUUGUUAUGAACUACAAUUACCAUUGUAUGAGUCAUCGCUGGAUUUAUUAGAAAUAAUAAAACAGCAUACAGUUAUAUCUCUAUCAACAUCUACUGGUAGUGGUAAAUCAACAUUAAUACCAGCAUUAUUAGCUGCCGACGGUUAUCAAAAAAUCUAUAUUACACAACCAAGACGUUUACCAUGCAAUUUACUAUCCCAACAUGUCAAUAAGAAAAUAUCUGACAUAAGUGGUUGGUCUGUUGCCGGUUCCUCAUACAAAAUCAAGCGACCAAUUACAUAUUUAACUGAUGGUCUCUUACGUGAAUAUUUACAAUCGGAUGAAUUGGUAAUACAGCGACAAAUUCAGAAUAAUAAUAAAUCGAUAAUCUUUUUUAUUGAUGAAGUACAUGAACGUUCAGUUAACAUUGAUUUAUGUUUAGCUUUAUUAGCACGACAAUUAUCAUUAUAUCCGCAAAUUCAUUCUAGAAUAAAAAUUAUUUUAUCAUCAGCCACCUUAGAUCCAUCAAUAGCAGGUCUAUUUUCAAAAAAUAAAAAUAAUUACAAGUUUUAUGAAUUUAAAGCAAAAGCGGCAACAACAACAUUGCAUUCAAUAACCGAACAUGAAAAUCAAACCGAUGAAAACAUAUUUAAUUUGAUAAGUAAUUUAAAUGGUGCUAUGAAUAGUCAAAUAUUAUGUUUUGUUAAAUCAACAUACGAUGUCGUACAAUCAAUUAAAUUAUUAUCAACAUUAAAAAAUUUAAAAUCAUAUCCGUUGAUACAAUCACAAUCAGCUAAAGAACAACAAAUAAUAAUUAAUAGUCAUAGUAUAUUUUUUUCAACAACAGUAGCUGAAACAUCAUUAACAUUUCCAUCAUUAAAAUAUGUUAUUGAUACAGGUAUUAUUAAUAUGCCUGUUUAUGAUCUUGAAACUGAUACAACAAUAUUAAAAGAAUCACCAGCAGCACGUUCAACAAUCAAACAACGUAAAGGACGUGUUGGUCGUACACAAAAUGGUGAAUAUUAUGCAUUGUAUAAUUCAAAUACAAUCAUCAGAGAUUAUCCUAUACCGCAAAUAUGUCAAACAGAAUUAAGUCAUAUUGACUUUUCAUUGAGACGUUCAUCAUUGAAACAGGGUUUAAAUUAUUUACAGCAAUGGUUACCUAAUCCACCUGAACAACAAUCAAUCGAUCAAGCGAUCAAACAUUUACAAAAAUUAAACUUAUUAGACAUAAAACAGAAUUUAACUGAUAUUGGUCUCAAAUUAACUAAGCUACCUGAUUUUGGUAGUUUAUCUAUGUCAAAAUCGGUAUUAGCUGCUAUAGAACAAUACAAUUGUGGACAAGAUCUGAUACGUAUAGCUGCCAUCUUAAGUGUUUUAAAUACAUCAUCAAUUCUGAAAAAGAUUUCUCCUCAAUAUAAAUCUAUUCAUGGUGAUUUUAUGACAUUGUUGAAUAUAAUGAAUGCAAUAAUAGAAAAAAAGCGAAAUCUACCACCAAAUCAAUUUCAAGAUAAUACGGAAAUGAUCUGUGCACAACUUGAUCUAUCAUCCAUAGCACAUAUAUUGAAACGUGCGCUUGCUCGUUAUACAUUAUUUGAACAAUUUUUUCAAUUAUCAAAUGUCUAUUAUCAUCGAUCACAAAUGCGUUCAAAUCAAUGGGAAUUGAUUGCAAAAGCAUUAUUAACUGGUUUCUCAGAUAAUAUUUAUCUAUCGAUGAAAGAAUUACAAGGAAAAGCACAUCAUUUUACAUGUUAUAACGUACAAACAAGCGACAAGGAAAAAUUUGGCAUGAUCGAUUUAGCAUCAACACUAUCACGACCAAUAAGUGUAACACCAGUAUCAUUAAUCAUUGCACGCGAUAUAAGAUAUUCAUCGGCUGUUCGUUCAAUGGUCAUAUUAUCAUUUCUAGGUGAAAUUCAAUCUCAAUGGCUUAUGAAUCAAUUACAACGUGAAAUCUUGAUCACUGACAAUGAGAAAAAUCGAUUCGCUAAUGGAUUAUUAGCUCAGCUGAAAAACCAAUAUACAAUGGUACAUAUACAAAUUCAUAAUCAAUCAUUAAUAUUAAAAGGUCUAGCUAGUCAAGUAUUACCAUUAGAAUUACAUAUAUUGAAACAAUUGUUAAUUAAAGAAACAUUUGAUUUAAUACCGGAUAAUGAAAAAAAUGAAAAUCUUCUGCGUCAUAUUAAACAUUUAAGUACGGCAAUCCAUAUAUUUCAUCCAUUGAAAUGGCGUUGGUUAGCUGAAAAACAAGUUGAAAUAACAAUGAGAAACAAUCGACAUAAUAUUGAAAUUGUUAUUAAUGGCCGUGAUGCUAAUAACAAAGCGGUUAAAGAAGAAUUUCAAUCAUUUAUUGGUUGGUUAAAAGAAUCUGUUGCCGUACAUUUAAAUACAGGUGUAAAACCAUCAAUGUUAGAAGCUACUAACAAUCAAACAACAGAAAUAAAAGCUCGUAUUGAAGCUGUAACUGAUAGUAAAUUAGAAUAUAUACAUUUAUUACCACGUUUAAAAGGGCCAAAUGCAACUCGAGAAUCUCGAAUGGAAGUUGUUGCAUGGUUAGCCAUAUGUAAAUUUGAUUGUAAAUUAGAAGGUGGUUUUGUACGUGAUUGGAUUGUUGGUAAUUAUAGUUUUCAUCCUAAAACACCGCCGUCAUCAUGGCUUACGUAUCCAGCGAUAGCUAGCAACAAUAAGAUACCAAUAUUAGACAAAUCAAUUGUUCCAUCCGAUCUCGACUGUCAUUUACCUAGGAAACGUUAUUUUGAUAUAGAAAAAUUUUUAGAUUUAUUAUUUAAAUUUGAAAUCGAAACGAAAGUCUAUCGACAAGACUGGCGUUACAUACUACUAUUUGAUGAAAAUUCUAAAACAGGUCCAUUUACAAUGGAUCUUAUUGAACCCCAUGUUGUAUUGACUCACGAUCGUAUUGAUUUUGAUGUUAAUAAUUUAUAUGUUAAAUGUGAUUAUACAAAAGAAUUAGGUCAACGUAUUAACCUUGAACAAUUGAAUUGUUCACUAGAAUCCAUUGUUGAAAAUAUUCAUAAAAAACAAUUCCAGUUAUUAAAACACGACGAUUAUACAAUAACAACUCGUAUGCAAAAAAUGACGGAGCGUGGUUGGACAAAAAUUGGUGAAUUAAAUGCGUUUAUGCCUAAUCCAACAGCUGGUUAUAAAUAUGUUUUAAAACAAUUACCUAUAAACUCAACAUUGUAUAAAACAAUUGUUCAAAAUAUUGAAACAAAAAUAACAAAUGCCAAAGUCACAUCAGUUGAAGAAAUAAAUAAUCCUAAUUUAUCAUCAGCAUAUGCAGCAAUGAAAAAAUUAAUUGCGGAAGACUGUCCAGGUAAUAAUCCAAAUGAACAACAAUUGUAUCAUGGUACAAAAUUAGAAAAUGCUGAAAAUAUACUUCAACGAGGUUUUGAUGAUCGACAUUUUAGUUCUGGUGGCCUUUUUGGUCAUGGUGCUUAUUUUGCUGAUGAUCCAGCAAAAUCACACGGUUACACGGGUUUAACGCCAACACGAGUUAUGUUCUACAACAAAGUUAUAUUAGGUCGUCAAUUUGUAAAAAAUGAAGCGGAUAACAGUUUAAAUGCGGCACCGCCAGAUCAUCAUUCAGUUCGAGGUUACAAUGCACCCUAUAGAGAAUAUAUUGUAUAUCGAUAUGGACAAUCCUUACCAUAUCUGAAAAUUGUGUAUGCAGUCUGA